CCCUGAGCUCAGCCUCCUGGCCCAGGGCACUUGGGACAGGAGCUGGGGAGAACCAAGACCCUUGAAACCUGAGAACAACAGAGAACCCGUGAAGAGCUUGCUGAUGUGUGCCCACCACGGCAGCUCCUGGGCCUUAGACUGGGCCGCUCUCGGGGACAGCCCAAGCCAUCCCUUAAGCAGUCCAGGAACCACAUCCAUGACUUGCCUGGCUCCUGCCAUCCGCUGUCCCUGAGGGUCCCCCUGUCACCAACACUGGAUGCAGGCUGCAGGAGGGACCCCCAAGUUUGCCACCCUGGAGAUGAACCCCAAGAGAGCGGCUAAGGAGACGGGUGUCAUCCAGGGCACUGUUCCCUACCUGGGGACAUUCCUCACUGACCUGGUGAUGCUGGACACUGCCAUGAAGGACUAUGUGUAUGAUGAAAAUGAGUCAGCCCAGGCCAUGGAUGACACCUGCAGGGUGGGGACCGUCACAGCAGGCACCCUGGAGAAGUUGGUGAAUCAUCUGGUGCCUUCCCUGCAGAGUGGGGACCCCUUCUUCGUCCCCGCCUUCCUCUGCACCUACAGGAGGUUCGCCACCACCCGGCAGGUGCUGGACCUGCUGUUCAAGAGGUACGGAUUCUUCUGCCCUGACCGUGAGGAGGACGAACAGCUGAAGAACGCCGUCUGCUCCUUCCUGGGCUGCUGGCUGGACCUCUUCCCAGAGGAUCUCUGCCAGCCCUCGGACCUCAGCAGCCUAAACCAGGUGAUGGCCUACGUGCUGCUGAACAUGCCCCGCUCGGCCCUGGCGCUCCGCGUCCACCUCCUCCUGACCCGGCUGGAGGACCCGGAGUCCAGCCAGGCAGAGCCGCGCUGACCCCGCACCCGCCCUGGUCCCCACGCUGGUGGCCUUCCACCAUCCUUUCCU